AUGCCGGCCAUGGGAUCAAAAUCGGACACGGAUCUGUGUACCGGCGGACCCCGAUUCAAGUUCGAGAGACUCAUUGUCUCGGAACCUUCAGGCGUAGCGUUGCAGUUCAAGGAGCAUGAUGGUAGGCGCUUCAUAGUCAAGACGAGCGCCCCAGACCAGCAGCGAGCCAUGAAGAAGGAAAUUGAGUUGCUUGAGCAACUCAAAGGAGCAGAACACAUCGUCUCCCCGAUCCUGAGCAGUCGAAACCCCCUAGUGCCUGGGAAAGAUGAACGGCACGGCCUUGACGUCCCCUUCGUCAUCAUGCAGUGUCUCGAAAACGGCACAUUGGAGCAGUUUCGCUACAGGAUUCAUAAGCACAAAGGAAGGUAUUCGAUAGGAUAUAUACCGAACCGGAUACUCUGGGCUAUCUUUCUUUGCAAGAUCAGAGCAUGUAUGGCGAUGGCAUACCCCCAGAGUGCAAGCCCCGGCAAGCCAGAAAAGCCCGACGAGAGGACUCCAGAUUCGAUAGCACACUUGAACAUGCACGCCGGCAACUUCGUGUUUGACCAACCUGAGCCAGGCGAGGGGGAACAUUCAACAGUGCCUCCCUUGAAGCUGCUGGGGUUCGGCUUCGCAAGACGGCUAGGACACAACAUAUGGCCAACGCGGGGUCCGCCAACAAUGAGGCCACACACAUUUGAUGUCGUGAUGGACCUGUUUACGGAUGAAUCUGAGCGCGGGAAACGCAAUUGUGGAAUGGAUCAGAACCUGCUCGACGUCGGCGUGCAAAUGGUCUGUUUGAUAACCCAAUUCUCCUACCCAUCAGUGUCGCAUGUCCGCGAGGUCACCAUGGAUGAGUUUUAUUUUCGUUUUCCACCACACCUCGAUCCCGAACUCAAACGCUUAGUCCAAAGGUGUCUGGCCGGCGAGCCCUAUAAUAGGCCCAGGCUGGAAGAGCUGGCGGGCCUUAUCGACAGCGGAGUCUUCUCCAAGACGGCAAACGACUAUGCAGACACUCCGAACAGGUAUUAUGAAUCUGACCAGAAUAUUCGCGAUUUCGUCCAGCGAUAUAUCUUGGAUGCCGAAACCGCGCCGCUGCCUCUCCUAGGCGCGUGA